AGACAGCUUCCAGAAACGUCCACCUAUCAACAGAGACCCAUCAACACUGGCUAAGGUAUCAGUUGCCAAGAUGCUGACCCUCUGGGCCCUGGUCAUCACAUUGACCGUCCAGGCAGGAGCACUUGACCUGCAGACUCCGUCUUUACUGCUGGGAAAUCUUCCGGUCGAUCAAGUAGCCACUGAGGCUUUCAGAAAAGGCCCUCUCGAUCUAACUGGAAGACUGCUCCGUACUUCCCAGAGAGCCCCUCCAUUUAGAAAACAUCAAGCUAGGACCCUAGGAGGCAGGUGUCUAUCCUCGGCCAAGUACUUACUGUCUCAAAGCAACCUCAAAGAAUAUAUGAACACCGUCCUGCCCCCAAAGAUCCAGAAGAAGCUGAUGUGUGAGAAGGUACUUCUGUCUGGCACAAUUGGAAAAGUGCUAUCCACGGUGUCUAACUCCGAACUACUGUCUAUAUUAAACAACAAUGCAGUCCUCAGCUUACCUGGAGGCGAUGCUCUUGGUGGCAUCCUGAGCAAAGGAAGUGGUGGCCUGACCUCACAGCUCCCACUGCCAUCACUCUCAAAGGUCACUGACGCCUUCAGGAUCCCAGGGGAUCUGGGCAGCCUACUACCCACUGGUGCAGAGAAGAAUCCUGCAAAAGGACUCGUCGACACCCUUGGUGUUGCAAAUCUCCUCCUGCCCCUGAAUGAUGUGGGUGAACAAGCCGGCAAGCUCACAGAAUCCACCCAGGACAUGCUGAACAAUGCACUGCCAGCAGGCGUGGGAGAUGCAGUCACAGGCCUGCUGGGAAAUAUUAACAUAGAAGACCUCUUGAUAGGAUUAAAUGUUCAAGCCGUGACUGUGGAAAACAUGACAUCAACCAUGACAGGUGGUGGGAUCCUUGUCCAAGCCACAACUACUGCCAUCAUAGGUGGAAAAGGCCUAGCAGGACCUGUAGUCAGCAUACUGGGAUAUCAAGUACAUGGGGAAGUAACCCUGAAAAUUGGUCUUUCCACGAACAACACCCAGUGUGUCAACCUCCAAGUCCAGGACAAGGACAUCAAGGUCAACAAAGUGUCUCUUCAGAUAGUGGAAAUGCUCACAGGUACUUUGUCAGGGACCAUCCCUGUGCCUCUACCUUUGGACAACAUCAUUUCUCAAUUGUUGACAGUCGCCAUGGAAGAAAAUUUUCAAGAAUCAGAAUCGUGUGACAUUGAGUUCAGUGAUUUCAACGAAUGCAAGAACUCUACUGGCUUGUUCAAGUACGAAGUUAAAAGCUCCAGGAUUUCCACACGAGGUCUUUCUAUCUCCUACUGUGCUAAAGCCCUCUUUAGCAGUGGUACAGUCCCUGUGCCUGGAGGUCCCCUGCCACCAGAUCCCAAAAAUGCCAACAUUUCCUUAACUCUGUCUUCUAAGUUUUUCAAAGUAAUUGUCACUCAAAGUGCCAAGCAGAGCUCUGUCAAGAUGAAUAACCUGGCUGCAAGCAUCACCAAAAUAGUCUACUCCUUCCAGUCAGGAAACCAAAUCCAAGCCACCUACUGGGUCACUGUGGAAAAGGAUGGUGAUAGUUUUGCUACUGGGAAAAAAACCUUGAUCCUCUCCCAUGACUGCAAGAUUUUGAAAGACAAACUGAUACCAGACAUCAAGGUUAAGAGCUCUGAACACUCGGUGACACCCCCUGAGGCUGAGGAUGAGGUGCAAGAUAUAAUGCCCGUGGUUCUGAAGAAAUUUUUGUCUGCCGUUAACGAACUGACAAGUAUAUGGAAUGUGCCACCAGGAAUAACCUCAAAUCCUCUAACCAAAGCCAAGAUUGAAGUACUUAAAUCGAACGAUCUUCAGGCAGCAAACUAAACCCAGCAUACCUGAUGCCAGAGAAUUUUCCAGAAUGAAAGCAUUCUAAAACUUCUCUAAGAAAUAUUGAGCCAAGAACAUCCUUAUCAUUAAAAAGCCAAGUAGAAUAGUGUUCUGAACAUGCCAACUAUUCUUCGGAAUCUCACCAACAUUAUCUUGAAUUAACAAGUGCAACAAAAGCAAGAAUCCAGCAAUUUUUGGCAUUCUGUAAUCACUUCUUUAAUAAUUAACCUGUUUUCAUGCAAAAAAAAAAAAAAAAAGACUCCUUUGUCUUCAAUUCAUAGAAACAGGAAUUUCGUCUUGUGUUUAUGACUAGUAAAAGCACU